AUGCUGAAAAGAGGAAGACAGGCGCCAAGGCUCAACCGGGCAUGCAUGCUUUGCGGGAUUGUGCAGGGAAUGAACCAGUUUCGAAAUGAGGGCUGUCCCAACUGUGAGUCUGUGCUUCAUCUCCAAGACAACGACGACGUGAUCAGAGAAUGCACCUCGCCUACCUUCGAAGGGCUUGUGGCCCUCAGAGGGUCGGAGAAAUCGUGGGUGGCAAGGUGGUUGCGGGUGGACAACUUUGUUCCCGGUGUGUAUGCUGUUCGGAUCGUGGGGAAGCUUCCGGACGACAUCAAAAGCGACUUGCUUGCCCAGGGAAUCGAGUACCGCCCUCGCGAUGGCAGUGUUCAAGACUAG